UGUAUUCCGGAAAGUUCUAAGUUUUCGGGAGCAAAAAAAAAGAAAAUGGCUUCGAUGCAGGUGUGCAUUCGUGUGCGCCCCGUCGAGGCCGGCCUUUCACCCGCGUGGGUGGUUAAAGGCCGCUCCAUCCAACUGGUGGACAGCACUGGGGAUCGCAACACAUUUGACUCUGUGUUCGAUGAGGGAGCCGGUAACCUCGAAGUUUUCAACCGCAUGUGCAAGCAUAUACUGCGCGCAUGCGUGCACGGCAUCAAUGGCACGAUUUUCACAUACGGCCAGAAAUUGUCGGGGAAAACUUAUACGAUGAUGGGUGAUGCGAAGAACUGUGGAAUUAUGGAAAUGGCUGUUAGAGAGCUUUUCCAGCAAAUCUCUUUAACAGCCGAUUACGACAUUGUGGUGCAUGCAAGUUAUUUCGAAAUAUUCAAUGAGAAGGUAAAUGAUUUGUUUAACGAGAAAAAUCAAGAUCUCGAGAUAAUUGAGGGUCACAAUGGUAUGGUUUGGGUCAAUUGUGAGGAUUUCAUAAUAUCCAACGAGAACGAGCUUAUGGAACUUGUCUGCCAGGGUAAUAUGUUGCGUAACGGCAAUUCACAUGCCAUUCUUCGUGUCAUCACCGAGUGGAAGUGUGACCUUAGCAACACUUACCUUCAGAGUGUUCUCGAUUUUGUGGACUUGUCUGGAACUGAGCGUUUAAGUGGGGAUUCCCCGAUUGCAUCCCGAGCCACUGGUGGGGUAUAUAUCGACAAAAGCUUGAUGUGUUUGAGCAAUGUCAUUAAGAAGUUGUCAUUCAAUUAUCCCGAAACGAAUAUCAAUUUCGGGGAAUGUAAGCUAACGCGAUUUCUGCAGGCAUCGCUAUGCGGCAACGCCUACAUCUCGAUUAUUGGAACUAUUAAAGCAUCGAGCAUUGUGGAAUCACAAUCGACAAUGAAGAUUGUGAUGCUGGCCAAGAUGAUCCGGGUACAUCCGCAGGUAAACACUAUCGAUCCCUUGAUGAUACAGCGUCACGAUACCGAGAUUUAUGACGAUGAGCUUGGGGAUGUCACAUGUCAGCCGUUUCAAAUAAUGCGCCGCUGCGGCUCCUGUCCGGUCACGAUGUCCGGGACCGAUGCUGAGCCCGAGAUUUCCAAGGCCAUCAUUCCAGAAUUCAGUCGUCUGCCUCGUCCAUCUAAGAUGCCGGAGUUGCAGGAAUUUUAUAUGGAUAUCGCCCCUCAAAGGGAUCUACCAACUCGUGUAUCUCAGGUGACCUCGCAACAGCCAAGUCAAUCUUUCGAGGAGAAAGCCGUGAAUACCUCAAAGCCGGGCUCUCAAAAGGAUAUCUUUGAAGAGUUUGACAAGUUAACAAAAUUUAUUCAUGACCUGGAUUUACAUGUGCGAACUGGCUUUAGUUCCCUAUACGAAGAUUAUCCGAAACAGAUGCAGACAAUUCCACCAACUGAGUACGUAGAACAAAUCGAAAAAGAAUUAGAAUCGAAAGUGAAGAUGCAUAGUGAUGAGAUUAUUGCCCUGGAACUAAAGUAUACGGGAAUCAUUGAGGCGAUGAAGAAUGAGAAGCCUAAAAAAUUCCAAGCACAUAAGCUGGAAUUGGAGGAUACCAGGAAAAAACUAUUGCGUUCCGCAACUGAACUCUCAACGGUCACGUCUUGUUUUAAGGAUGAGCUUUUACGCUUUAAGGAUGCCUUUACUUUGUUAAAUCAACGUAGAGUGGACGAAGAGAUCGCGAAACACCAAAACGCCUUCAGAGAGAAUCUUCUUCAGGCAGAGGAGAACAUGAACCGGAUGCAAAUUGCUCACUCGGAGGAAAUGGAACAAAUGCGGGCAGAGUUACAGGAACAAAUACAAAAAGCCGAAGAUGAUCUUGAAAUGAUGAAGGAGCAGAACGAAAGUCUCCAGCGAGAAUAUGAUCUGAUGCGUACAUAUUUAAAUACUUUGGUUGAGCAAAAGUCAAGUCUCGAAAUCAUAGUACAGGAGCUGCAAGAAACUGCUAAGAAGUCUGAUAGCCAUGAAGAGCUAAAGUUAUCCUUUUCGGAGGUAAAUAAAGAGUUUAUCACUGUGCAGGAAAGGGUGAUCACCCUGGAGUCUCAACUGAAGGAUUCGCAAGAGGAAACAUCGAAUCGCGACGAGGAAAUACAAAAACUUCGUUCGGAUUUGAAGCAUGUCCUGGAUGCAAAUGAUACUGCAAAUGGGGAACUUUCAAAUGUGACAGCGAAGCUAGAGGCUGCGGAGGAUAAGAUGUGUGAAAAGGAAAUACAGCACGAAGAGAAAAUUGCCGAUUUCAAUGAAUUUAUAAACACGUUAAAAGAUAAAAUUAGGGCACAAAAAACGUCGAAUAAUUCGCUUAAGCUGAAGUUAAAGAACCAGGCGGAAGCUGAGCAUGUGGCCACCACCAAUCUGCAAAUUCAACUAUCUGAACAGCAGGAGAACAUAAUUCAAUUGGAGCAGCAGCUAAUGGAUCAAGAAUUGGAAAACAAUCAGAAAUUGAUGAAGAUGAGCCAGGAUGCGGCAUCUGAUCGCAAAGAAAUCGAUGAUCUAAUCAAUGAGUGCAACCAACUGGAUGCUAAAACUGUGGGAAUUGAAAGGGAGAAGAAUCUCCUAAACUUGAAUAUAUCCUCUUUGACGAAGGAGACAGAGUCGCAGGCUGAAGAGAUCAAAUCCUUGUAUCAGGAUAAUAAACGUAAGGCUGAACUCAUAGCGCAGCUUAAGGGCAACGAGAAGGAUUUUGCAUCUAUGCAAGAUGCCUUAACUAAUCAGAAAAUGGUUGCUGAAACAGCGUACAAUGAAUGCCAGAAACUCAAGGAGCAGAACGAAAAGCUGGAAAAAUCUAUGAAAUCGAAGGUGGCGGAUAUGCUAUCGGAGAAGGAACGCAUGGCCAGGACAAUUUACAGUCUUCUCGAGGACAAGCGUAACCUCGAGGAAAAACAAUGUAAUCUGGAGGAGAAGGCUCAAAAGAUGAUACAAGAAAUAAGUGCUCUAAAAUCAUCAUCGCCAAAUUCUGCACAUCCACUUAGCCCUAUCAACUUGAGUUUUCUAUCCGUUGAUGAUGAGGCCGAACCUAUAAAAAAAUCGAGCAAAUUGAAGAUCGAAGUGCGCAAGCAACAGAGGAAGGCGGCUUAUGAUAAACAUCGUAUGGGACUUGGCGACUAUGAUGGAUCCACAGAUGAAGACCAAAAUGAUGGAUCUCAUGGGGAAGCUCGGGAUGAGCGCGGAGCUUAAACGCAUAUCCAAUUUACCACCGGUUGAUCUCCAGAAAUUCAAAAACGGCAUCCUUUUGGGCGAGGCACACCCUCAACUAAGACGAAGUCACUGGAAAAAGAAACAGAAGAAGUCACACUUUCAUGUAUAUGAAAUAUCAUGAUACUUAUUUAUGUUUAUUAAGAAUGUUGCACAA